GUAGCAGCGUGACACGAGUGUAGUGACAGAUCUUUGGCUGCUGCAACCUUCUGCUAAUUACUGACACAGAGAUUUUACAUUUAUUCCGCACACUCUACCAUGUCGUGGCUUUUUGGCCUGAACAAAGGGCAGCCUGAGGCGCCUCCCGGUCUCCCGGUCCAGCCUCCACCUCCUCCGCCGGCCGGGGGCUCGAGCGGUGGAGGAGAUAAACCCAAGGACAAAUGGAGCAACUUCGAUCCCACCGGGCUGGAGAGAGCUGCUCAAGCGGCCAAAGAACUGGACAAAUCUCGACAUGCAAAAGAAGCUCUGGAUUUGGCUCGGAUGCAGGAGCAGACGACACAGAUGGAACACCAGACCAAAAUAAAGGAGUACGAGGCAGCAGUGGAGCAGCUCAAAGGCGAUCAGAUCAAGAUCCAGGCUGAAGAGAGGAGGAAAACUCUGAAUGAGGAAACUAAGCAGCAUCAAGCGAGGGCUCAGUACCAAGACAAGCUGGCUCGGCAGCGAUAUGAGGACCAACUCCGGCAACAGCAAGCCUUGAACGAAGAGAACCUUCGCAGGCAGGAGGAGUCCGUACAGAAACAAGAGGCCAUGAGAAAAGCAACGAUCGAGCACGAGAUGGAGCUGAGGCACAAGAACGAGAUGAUGCGAGUGGAAGCCGAGGCGAAGGCCCGGGCCAAAACGGAGCGAGAGAACGCCGACAUCAUCAGGGAACAAAUCCGCCUGAAGGCUGCGGAACACAGGCAGACGGUCCUGGAGUCCAUCAAAACGGCGGGGGCCGUGUUUGGUGAAGGAUUCCGGGCCUUUGUGUCAGACUGGGACAAAGUCACUGCCACAGUCGCAGGACUGACGCUUCUUGCCGUUGGCGUGUACUCGGCGAGAAAUGCCACUGGGGUGGCAGGGAGGUACAUCGAGGCAAGGCUGGGGAAGCCGUCCCUGGUGCGAGAGACUUCUAGAUUCACUGUUGCUGAAGCCAUCAAGCAUCCCAUCAAGACUGCCAAACGGUUGAAGAGCAAACCUCAGGAUGCCCUUGAAGGAGUCGUGUUGAAUCCUUCACUGGAAGAGCGUGUUCGUGAUGUAGCCAUUGCGACGCGAAACACCAGACAGAAUAAUGGCCUGUACAGAAACAUCCUAAUGUACGGGCCCCCUGGCACAGGCAAGACUCUCUUUGCAAAGAAGCUGGCAAUGCACUCUGGGAUGGACUACGCGAUUAUGACCGGGGGUGAUGUAGCACCGAUGGGUCGGGAUGGUGUGACUGCUAUGCACAAAGUCUUUGACUGGGCCGCCACCAGUCGACGCGGUUUACUGCUGUUUGUCGAUGAAGCUGAUGCAUUUCUACGCAAGAGGUCCACUGAGAAGAUCAGUGAGGACCUGCGGGCCACUCUCAAUGCCUUUUUGUAUCGCACCGGAGAACAGAGCAACAAGUUCAUGCUGGUUUUGGCCAGUAACCAACCGGAGCAGUUUGACUGGGCCAUAAACGACCGUAUAGACGAAAUAGUGAAUUUUGCUCUUCCUGGCCUGGAGGAGAGGGAGCGGUUGGUUCGCCUGUACUUCGACCGAUACGUGCUUGAACCGGCCACUUCAGGGCGACAGAGGAUGAAGCUGGCUCAGUUCGAUUAUGGUAAAAAGUGCUCAGAGAUCGCUGAGAGGACCGAAGGCAUGUCAGGACGUGAGAUCUCCAAGCUGGGAGUGGCCUGGCAGGCGGCGGCCUAUUCCUCUGAAGACGGAGUCCUGACCGAGGCCAUGAUCGACGCCCGGGUGGACGAUGCAGUCAAGCAGCACCGCCAGAAGAUGGACUGGCUUCACGGGGAUGACGACGCUAAGACGCUCACGCCGCCACCUGUAGUCGGAGCAAGCGUGGGAGGGAAGAUGGGCUUCAACCUGCCGCUGACUGAGACCCCCAAAUCCCAGGAUGUGAUGGAGCCGGCCCUGGGCACCAGCUCUGCCUCAGCUGGACUGGGCUGUGCAGAGGUGGAGACGACGGCACAGAGUCUAGUGACGGCUGCCUCCUCUGACGGGGUGCAGGAAGAAGAUAAACCUCCUGCUUCACCCAAAGAUGGAACCCCAGUUUGAUGAAAUGUACUGAGAGAACGAGUUAAAAGUGAGCCUGUGACUGUCAUGCCUUCCUAGUAAUAAUGGACUUUAGAGUGUAAUUACAGAGAAUUAAUCUGCAUUGUGGAGCUUCUUUGUCCAUAUAAUUAAAUC